AGGAGGUUGCUCCUCGGCGGGCGGGAGCUGCCAGGCGUCCCCGAGGGCCGGGCUUCAUGCAUUAGGUGUGUGCGCUGCCCUCACCGCGGCACAGAUCUCGUUCAGAGCCGUAUUAACGCCCUGGCAGCCUCGGCAAGCCGGUUGGAUUUUCCCCAUCUUACAGCACCUCGCAGGUCUCUUCUCUGAGCAGUACGUUGCCUGAGUGAGUGGAAACAUACAGAUCAGCUGCAGGUUUCUGUCUACAGAAACAGAGUGAAAGAGAAAGAAAAGGGUUGGGAAAGCAGACAAAUAUUGACCUGGACUUAUAGAAAGACAUCCAAUGGCUGAAUAAAGAACCCCUGUUCAUGUUUUGGGAUAUUCUUUCAACUGGCUGGAACGAGAGCGGAUCAAAAGAAUGGGAAAUGCCAGCAGACCCUUUAGAAGAAUUGCUUAUUUCUUUUGCCUUUUAUCUGUGCUUUUGCUGACUGAAGGGAAGAAACCAGUGAAGCCAAAAUGUCCUGCCUGGUGUACUUGUACCAAAGAUAAUGCUUUAUGUGAAAAUGCCAGAUCUAUUCCUCGCAGCGUUCCGCCUGAUGUUAUCUCACUAUCCUUUGUGAGAUCUGCUUUUACUAAAAUCCCAGAAGGGAGUUUUUUGCUCACACCAUCUCUGCAGCUUCUGUUGUUUACAUCCAACACUUUUGAUGUUAUUAGUGAUGAUGCUUUCAUGGGCCUUCCUCAUCUAGAAUAUUUGUUCAUAGAGAACAACAGCAUUAAGUCAAUUUCAAGAAAUACUUUCAGAGGACUGAAAUCUUUAAUUCACCUGAGUCUCGCAAAUAAUAAUCUCCAAUCGCUUCCAAAAGACAUAUUCAAAGGCUUGGAUUCUUUAACAAAUGUGGAUCUUAGAGGCAAUGCAUUUAAUUGUGACUGCAAACUGAAGUGGUUAGUGGAGUGGCUGGGCAGCACCAACGCAACAGUUGAAGACAUUUACUGUGAAAGCCCACCAGAAUAUAAGAAGCGCAAAAUCAAUAGCCUCUCUCCGAAAGAAUUUGAUUGCAUUAUUACAGAAUUUGAAGUUUAUCAGUCCCUGCCAUACCAAUCUCUGUCAGUAGAUACUUUCUCAUACAUGAAUGAUGAACAUGUGGUUAUUGCUCAGCCUUUUACUGGAAAAUGCAUCUUUCUUGAAUGGGACCAUGUAGAAGUGAUGUUCAGGAAUUACGACAACAUUACAGGUACUUCAACUGUUGUGUGUAAACCUAUAGUUAUUGAGAGUCAGCUGUAUGUCAUUGUCGCGCAGCUGUUUGGAGGCUCCCACAUAUAUAAAAGAGAUAUUUUUGCUAAUAAGUUUAUAAAAAUUCAAGAUAUUGAAAUCCUUAAAAUCCGAAAACCCAAUGACAUUGAAACUUUCAGGAUUGCUGAAGACUGGUAUUUUGUUGUUGCAGACAGUUCAAAAGCUGGUUUCACCACGGUUUACAAAUGGAAUGGGAAUGGAUUUUAUUCCCAUCAGUCUCUGCACGCCUGGUACAGAGAUACUGAUGUGGAGUAUCUUGAAAUAUCCGGCAAACCACAUUUAAUUCUGUCAAGUAGUUCCCAAAGACCUGUAAUAUAUCAAUGGAACAAAGGAACAAAUGAAUUUGUUAAGCGUUUUGAUAUCCAAGAUAUGGAAGAUGCAUAUGCAGUGAAACAUUUCAAAGUGAAAGAGGAUGUAUACAUUUGCUUAACAAGAUUUAUUGGGGACUCUAAAGUAAUGAAAUGGGGUGGUUCAGCAUUUCUGGAUUUACAAAGGAUGCCAUCCCGAGGGUCAAUGGUAUUCCAACCGCUUCAGAUAAGUAAUUAUCAGUAUGCCAUUCUUGGAAGUGAUUAUUCUUUCACUCAAGUCUAUUAUUGGGAUGUUGAAAAGGCAAAAUUUGUGAAGUUUCAAGAAUUAAACAUACAGGCACCAAGAUCUUUCAUACAUGUCUCCAUCGAUAAACGAGAUUUUCUCUUUGCUUCAAGUUUUAAGGGAACUACAUUGAUUUAUAAACAUGUCAUAGUUGACUUAAGCGCAUGACACUCAUAAUUCUGAGAUUACAUCAGACUUUCUACCAUAAGUGGACAAAAUGAACUAAAUGCAUGAUGACUCUCUUAUCUUACUUCCAAAUGAAUGCCUUUAAAAGUUGAGAUUGCUAGAACAAAGUAUUACUAGUAUCUUCAUCUUUAAUUGUCAAGUCUAGUGGUGUUGGAAGUUGCAUUUUUUAACAAAAAGAAAUUAAAUUAACUGUUCUUUGCAUCCACAGUAUGUAAAUAUGUGUGCAACUGCAUCUGUUGCUAUAAAGAAUAUUAAGAUGUACUUUUCCAUUUAUUUAUUCACCUGUUUGAAACAACUGCCAAAUAAAAUGUUUACAUUUUGUGUCUUUCACAUUCCAAAUAUUAUUUGCAGGUGAUACUUUUUAUUUGUGUAUAUAUUAUACACAUAUAAAAUAAACCCAAGAAGGCAUAUUGCCCAAUGCAGUGUUGUACUGCAUGGAAAAUGCACAAUAGCAAAGAUCGGGUGGGUUUUACAUAUAACCAGAAGUUCUUGAUAAAAGUACAGCAUGGAACCCCAGUUCUCUAAAUGAUCACUUGGACAUAUCCUUGCAUUUGUGUGAAGCGUCACUGAUUUAAACAGGAUUCCACCCAGAAAAAAAGGGUUCAGUUACACAGGUCAGGUUGUGGGAUGGAAGGGUCAAUUAUAUACAUCCAGUUGUAGGAUGGGGCUUUGUACUGUGUAUGGUUGGAAGUACCUGAUUUAAAAAAAAAAACCACAAAUCAACAAAAUAAAAGCUGAUGUAAAGGUCUGUCUUUCUCCACCUCAUGCUGAAGCAGCACAAAACAAAUGGCUGGUAUGACACCAGGGCUAGAGGUACAGCUUAUUUCUCAGCUAGCAUCAUUUCUGUAUCUGAACUGUCACACAUCACUUGCAUUAAUUCUGUGUAUCCCUGACAAGUCUUUCCACUGUAACUGUAAUUAUUUAAUCUUCAAUGAAUUUAUUAAUUAUUUGAAUGAAGUUAGUGAAUGUGAAGUCGUUUUAUUCCACUGUCCUGCAAUGAAGUUGAGUAAGAGAUACUUCUGAAAUUCAGGGAACUUUGUGGCAGGCCAAAUUCAGCUGGUGUAGCAUACACAACUCCAGGGAAGCUACCUAGAUCUGUUAAAUUAUGCCAAGCCUGAAUUUCUCAUGAAAAUCUAUUACAAACUCAAAA